AUGUGUACUCCGAACCACUUGCAGGUGCUGUUGGAGCUAUCAGACGUUGAGCUAGAGUGUGGCCUGGGCAUCAGCCAUCCGAUGCAUCGCAAGAAGCUGAGACUAGCCAUAGAGGAACAUAGACAACCUGGUCUGGUCAGGUAUCCGCCCAUAGCACAACUGGGACACACAUGGGUGUCUUCUGAAUGGCUGCCUGAUCUCGGAUUGGCUCAGUACUCGGAAAAUUUUGCGGCCAACAUGGUCGACGCUCGAAUGCUGGACAACUUGAGCAAAAAAGAGUUGGAAAAGUUUCUGGGUGUGACAAGGAAAUUCCAUCAGGCCUCCAUUGUGCACGGCAUACAUCUGCUCAGGAUGAUGAAAUACGAUCGACAGGCGUUGGCAGUACGCAGACACCAGUGUGAGACCAUAGAUGCAGAUCCACUAGUUUGGACUAAUCAGCGUUUCAUUAGAUGGGCGCGAAACAUUGACCUGGGGGAGUAUGCUGAUAACUUGAAAGACAGCGGUGUUCACGGCGCACUGGUUGUGUUGGAGCCCUCUCUGAACGGUGACACCAUGGCGACCGCCCUCGGCAUUCCUCCUCGCGUCACAUGAUCAGACGACACCUGA